GGACCUGAGCGCAGAAGAAGAAGCAGCAGCAUCAGAAGAAAAAAGAAGAAGAAGAAGAAGAAGAAGAAGAAGGGUCAUCAUCCGACACUCGCUCAUCACUGACAGCCGCUCAGGAUUUCAGCCAUUCUUCCCCCUCACCUCCUCAGGCCUGACGGACCCACCAGCCCAUCACCAUGAACUACCUCCGCCGGCGCCUGUCCGACAGCAGCUUUGUGGCCAACCUCCCCAACGGCUACAUGAUGGACCUGCAGAGGCCAACCCCUCCAGGUUCAUCCACUUCCUCCCCCGCCUCCCCGGCCACAGAGAGGCGGCAGCCCCCGAGUAUCCCGACUCCGGCCCCUAACCCGGCCUCGGGCACCGGCCCGGCCCCGGUUACCGGCUCCUCCUCGGGCGCGGGGAGCUUCCUCAGCUCCUUCUCCAGCGUGGUGAAGAGUGCUCAGAUGGCCCAGAACGUCGCUGCCGCUGCACACGCCAAGUCAGCAGCAACAGCAGCUGAAGCAGCCUCAACAGGAAGCAGCCAGCCACCUAAACCUGUCGUACGCAAACCCAAGAUCCUGCUGGUCAUCGAUGAUCAGCACACAGACUGGGCGAAGUAUUUCCGAGGGAAGAAGCUGAACGGAGAGUAUGAGAUCCGGGUGGAGCAGGCAGAGUUCUCAGACAUCAACCUGGCUUCCUAUGUGAACUCGGGAUGUAUGGUGGACAUGCAGGUCAACAAAGGUGGCACCAGAGUGGUCAGGUCCUUCAAGCCUGAUUUCGUCCUGAUUCGCCAGCACGCCUACAGCAUGGUCCCUGGCGAGGAUUUCAGGAACCUUGUGAUUGGCCUGCAUUUCGGCGGAGUGGCGAGCGCCAACUCUCUCUUCUCCAUCUACAACUUCUGCAGCAAACCUUGGGUGUUCUCUCAGAUGAUUAAGCUCUACCACUCCCUUGGUCCUGAGAAAUUCCCCCUGAAUGAACAAACCUUCUACCCCAACCACACGCAGAUGGUUACAAGCCCAUCCUACCCUGUGGUGGUCAAGAUGGGUCACGCCCACGCUGGCAUGGGAAAGAUCAAAGUGGAAAACCAACAGGACUUCCAGGACAUCACCAGCGUGGUGGCCCUGGCCGGGACCUACGCCACCACCGAGCCCUACGUCCAGUCCAAGUACGAUAUCCGCAUCCAGAAGAUCGGAAACAACUACAAGGCUUACAUGAGAACGUCUAUCUCUGGGAACUGGAAGGCCAACACGGGCUCUGCCAUGUUGGAACAGAUCGCCAUGACUGACAGAUAUCGGCUGUGGGUGGACUCCUGUGCUGAGAUGUUUGGUGGCCUGGACAUCUGUGCUGUGAAGGCUGUCCACGGAAAAGACGGCAACGAUUACAUAAUCGAGGUGAUGGACAGCUCCAUGCCUCUCAUUGGUGAGCAUGUGGAGGAAGACAGACAGCUGAUCACAGAGCUGGUCAUCAAUAAGAUGGCCCAGGUGCUGCUGGGAGUUUCCACACCUCAGCCUUCCACUGUCAAGACCACACAGCCCAGACGAGGAGGACACCGCUCUGCCUCCGCCUCUCCAUCCCAGUCAGCCCAGGGUUCACCUCAGAGAGCCCGAUCAGCCACCACCUCACCCAGCCAGGCCUUCCAGCCUGGUCCCAUCCCUGCCACCUCCGGGCCUGGAGCUCAGAAACAGUCCCCGCAGCUCAACAAGUCCCAGUCGCUGACCAACACCUUUACAGAGACAUUACGAGGAAACGUGACAGAUGACGAGGCCAAAGCUGAGACCAUCCGCAGCCUCCGACAGUCCUUCGCCAGCCUCUUCUCUGACUAAAAGCCUCCCAUCAAGCUUCCACUUUCUGUCUAUUGUCAGGUUUGGAAAAAAAUAUCCUGACUGGUUAAUCCUGUUAUGGAGUCUCCCUCCUCGUCAGAGCCUCAGCUUCCUGUUCCUUCUCUUUCCUUCUCACUGUUUGUGAAGUUUAACACUUGGUGCAACCCGCUGUCCUCAGAUCAAUGACUCAUCUAUCACUAGAAAGGCCAAAACAAUUUGGAGGUCUAAAAUGAACACCAAGACAUUUAAAAGCUGAUGUGUUUGCAUUGGUCAUCCUAUCAGGAGAUGUUAGAGAUGUAGGGUGUCAGCGCAGCACAAUCAAACCAGAUCCCAUUCAAAUUUCUA